UCUUCUCAGACCCCGCCAUCCUGGCCCUGGAACUGGGCUGCCCUCCCUCCCAGGAAGGGAGCGCAAGCAGCAGCCCAGGCCUGAGCCGAUUAACCUUAUUAAUAGAAAUUAAACCCUGGCUGCGAGCACUGCCAAGACCUGCGGGCCCCGCAUGUGCCUCCUUCCCCACUGAUGGGGCACAGGGACUAAGAGGCUUGGGAGGAUUAACAUGUGGGCCCCAAAACCCUGCCCUUGAGCCUGCAGGGGAAUGGGCUCCCCUGUGUGUGGCUGGGAAUCGUGGUGGCAAUCGAAUGGCACCCAUGUAGGGGUUUUGUUUUGGGGAGGAUGCUGAGGGUGGGAUGGAUGUCCCAGCAGCUCUUCCAGCCAUGGACGAUGGCAAUCCCUCAGCUGCUCCACCUGAUCUUCACUCUCUGCUGGGCAUGUGCCCCUUGGCUUUGCCCCAGUCCAGAGCAUGGAAGAGGUAGUGGGCACCUGGGGGCACCCAUCUCCUGUUUUGCUCCUCACUGAAACAUGGAUCUCUGCUAUGUUCUCCCCCUGCACCCAGUGUCCUGCUCAGCCCAUCACAGCACUCCUCUUCCUCCUUUGUCCCCUCCCAACCUGCCCAGUUCUGCUGGGAGAUCAGUGAGGAGCCCCUUGGCAGGCUAUGGGAUUACUGUGGGAUUCGGGCUGCGACAGGCAGCCUCCUCCCUAUUGGCUGGAAAAGCCUCUUAAAAGUGGAGAAGUGCGUUCUGCAUGCUCAGCACCUGCUGGUCUUCAUCAACCUGAAGCCAUAAUCAGCCACUGACCCACAUCCACACUGCCUGCAUCCACCCAGAGGAGGCAAGGGGGUCCCUUGCGUGGGGCAUCCCUUCUGCAGAGGGUGGCAUUGGAGCUGGAGGAAAGCAGGCUGAAAGGGGGAUUAGCUCUGCAGUGAGGACGUGGCUGCCCCUGAAGAAAGUAGCAGGGCACAAGAGACUCCUGCAGCUGUCACCCUGUGCCCUGCUGACGGCGUGCCCACCAUGGAACGAAGAACCUGUGGGGCCAUCUGACCGGGCACACUCGUCCAGAGCCAGGGAGUACCAGCUGGACUGACCUGCUCGGUCUCUGGGGUCUUUGGCACUCAUCGCUUCAUUGCACAGAAUCUGCAGAUCUCUUGCUGUCUCCCUGUGUCACCCUACCUCAUCCCGGCCUGCCUUUCCCCACCCAGGCUAGACAAUGGGGAGAGCUGACCCAGAGGAAGGGCAGCUCCCAGCUCCUGUGAAGCCCCCAGAUGGCGGCUGGGGCUGGAUCGUUCUCUUUGGCUGCUUUGUGAUCACUGGCUUCUCCUAUGCCUUCCCGAAAGCUGUCAGUGUCUACUUCAAGGAGCUCAUGAAAGAUUUCCAUGUGGGCUACAGUGACACGGCCUGGAUCUCAUCCAUCAUGCUGGCCAUGCUCUAUGGAACAGGACCAGUAUGCAGCAUCAUGGUGAACCAGUUUGGCUGCCGGCCUGUGAUGCUCAUUGGAGGGCUGCUAGCUUCCUCUGGGAUGAUUCUGGCAUCUUUUACCACCAACAUCAUUGAGCUUUAUCUGACAGCUGGUGUGCUGACAGGUCUGGGUAUGGCGUUGAACUUCCAGCCCUCACUGAUCAUGCUGGGCACCUACUUUGACAAACGUCGGCCUCUUGCCAAUGGACUGGCUGCUGCCGGGAGCCCUGUCUUCCUUUCCUCCCUCUCUCCAUUGGGGCAAGUGCUUCUGGAGAAGUUUGGUUGGCGAGGAGGGUUCCUCAUCAUGGGGGGCCUUCUACUCAACUGCUGCACUUGUGGGGCAGUCAUGAGACCCCUGGAUACAGGCAUGAAGAGGAAAAUGGAGAAAGUUCAGGACAAAUAUGAAGCCAAGGAGAUGCUGCCCAUGGGAGGCAAGUCAGAGGAGGGCAUCAGCACCACUGAUGGAACCAAGAAAGCCAAGAAAGCCAAAAAGAAGCCCAAGAAAGGAAAGAAGCUGUUGGAUUUCAGCAUCUUUUCCAACCGAGGCUUCAUCAUUUACACUGUCUCAAAGUUCAUCCUGGUCUUGGGUCUCUUCGUGCCCCCCAUCUUGCUGGUCAACUACGCCAAGGACACAGGAGUACCAGACACAGAGGCCGCAUUCUUGCUCUCCAUCAUCGGUUUCAUCGACAUCUUUGCCCGGCCAGCGUGUGGCAUGGUGGCAGGCUUGAAGUGGGUCCGCCCUCACGUGGCAUACCUGUUCAGCUUCUCUAUGCUCUUCAACGGCUUGACAGACAUCUGCAGUGCCAGGGCUAGCAAUUACACGGGGCUGGUCAUCUUCUGUGUCUUUUUCGGCAUUUCUUACGGCAUGGUAGGGGCUCUGCAAUUCGAGGUGCUGAUGGCCAUCGUUGGCUCCCAGAAGUUCUCCAGUGCCAUCGGGCUGGUCCUACUUAUCGAGGCUUUUGCUGUGCUCAUUGGUCCACCCUCUGCAGGCCGCUUGGUUGACGCUCUCAAGAACUACGAGGUGAUCUUCUACUUGGCGGGCUCAGAGGUGGUGCUCUCCGCUCUCUUCCUGGCCAUGGCCACCUACUGCUGCCUGAACCGAGGGAAGAAGACACCUCCCCCAGAGAAAAACCCUUCGGCAGGUGGUGGGAGUGACACUGAAGAAGCUGAGUCUGAUGUGCAGGAAGCCGAGGAGCAUAGCAGCGAUAACCACCAGCCAGCCCAUGGCACUGACAAGGCCAUGGUGGCAGCCAAUGAGGAGGCCAACCAUGUGGAGGAUGAGCAGAGUGGGGAGGGAGGCAGGUGUCCUGAGGCGGAUGGGGAGGUGUUGGCACGAGCUGGCUGCAAUGCCGACCAGACAGUGGAGAGGGACAGUUUUUAGCCAGGAAAGAGAAAUGGGGAUGUAAAUUACUGGCCUGGUUUGUGUGUAACUCAGCGUGGGAGUGUAGAUGGAACGUGGAUUGAAAAAAAGACAAAAGCAAAUGUAAGAGAUAAAAGGGUGAAAGACUAAGAAUAGCUGGUCCUCAUGUACAUAUGUCCACAUACCUACACAGAGAUAUGUCUACUUGUGUCCUGCACCAUGCUGGUACAACGCAGGCUCAGUGCAGCCCAACCACCAGAAUCUUCUUCCCCCUACCUCCAAACCAGCCCUGAAAAAUAUAUUUUGAAGAGGCUGCGAAGGACUCUCCUUUUCUUUCUGCAUUGUCACA